AUGCGUGAGGUUGAAAUCCCAAUAUGGCAGACAAGUGGUGAUGAUGUGUCUGCGCUCUUUCCUAGAUUACAAAGGUGUGCUGAAAAAAGUUCUACUGUGACUUCACCUAGACAUCUUAUGGAAGAUUAA